UUAUAGGAUAGUCAUGCAACACGACAAGGAUUCCAAGGCAACAUUUUACACUUGUAGUUGUUUUAGCACUGACAAUAUUUUCCUCGAGGAGUUCAAACUUCAUGUCAGAUUUCUAUCAGAGCACCAGUUUAGAACGGAUUAUCAAGCGGUGGGGAUCUGGCCUAGCUAGGCAGUAGAUCUACAAACGAUUGUCACGUUACAGAUCUUGUUAGAUAAGUGUAAAGUUAGUAACCUUACUUCUGUUUACAUUCCAGGUGUUAAGAAAUCUUGGCUGCUCCACUGACACAGAAUUCGAGGACAUCCUGAAAAAGGCAAGUAGGCCCAUGCAUUUUGAGUAUUUUAUGAAAAUUGGACUGAAUGAUCAAUCUAUUGUAAUGUAUGGGUUGAAUGUUUCCUAUCUAGAUUGCCAAAGAAGUUGAAAGGCGCAGGAGCCUUGGUGUGAAGUCAGCUGAGAGAGCUGCUGCCAUUAAGGAGAUUUAUAAACCUCUCCAUGACCAUGUCUACCAUCUCCAGGUAGGAAUCAUACAAUACUGCAGUCUUCAAAUCCAUAAACGGAUACUAAUAAUUAACCCUUUGAUCUGUGGUAUUACUGUACAGUGUAAUUGACUUAGAUUGUCUAUCUCUUUAGGAGUCCUAUAUGGCCCCAGAGUUUAAACAGAUGGUGGAUUAUUGUCGAAGUGAUGAGGCCAGUAAAGAGGGACUGUUGAGUUUAAUGCAGACAGAAGCAGGUGAAUUUUCCUUAGAGUUUAUAGUUGACAUAGGUGGUGCCUGUCAUGACUGUUCAACUUCAUAGACAUUUUUAUUCCAUGGUCCACAUUAGGGCUAACUCAUUAUCUUUCAUUUUCUGAAGCCGCAAGGGUCUUCCGCUUUCCUGUGUUCAAGAAAGUAUUCUGUGAGGAGCUGAUAGAAGAGAUGGAACACUUUGAACAAUCUACAUCACCCAAGGGCAGACCGAACACCAUGAAUAACUAUGGGGUACACGUCCUCUUAUAUAUGAGAGAAAUCUGUAGAAUAUUAGAUUUGGAGACUUCAGGCAAAAUGCUCAAUGUAUCAAGUGUUACCUGUGGUAACUCAUGUUACUUUUGUUGGUGAUGUUCUUUUGUCCACACAGAUCCUCCUGAACGAGUUAGGGUUUGACGAAGGCUUCAUCAUCCCGCUCCGUGAGCAGUAUCUGCAGCCUCUCACAUCUCUGCUAUACCAUGACUGUGGAGGACGCUGCCUGGACAGCCACAAGGCCUUCAUGGUGAAAUAUGACAUGCAUGAAGACCUGGACCUCAGCUACCACUACGACAAUGCAGAGGUCACUCUCAACGUGUCUCUGGGGAAAGAGUUCAAGGAGGGGAAUCUCUACUUUGGUGACAUGAGACAGGUGCCUCAUUAGAGCAAGAUGGGGAAGUGUAAUAAUAUAAUAUGCCAUUUAGCAGACACUUUUAUCCAAAGCGACUUACAGUUAUGUGUGCAUACAUUUUUACGUAUGGGUGGUCCCGGGGAUCGAAACCAUUACCCUGGCGUUACAAGCGCCAUGCUCUACCAAUUGAGCUACAGAGGACCACACACAAUAGUGUUAUGUAGAAUGAAAUAACAAAUGGAGCUGUGCUCUUGGUUUAGAUUCAUACUAUCUCUCAUUAAUUCCACACACACUGUGGUUUAAAAACCAUGCCAGUGUACACACAGGUUACACACUGUUAUAUUUUAGGUUGUGAAAUCGCACACAGAUUUAUUAGUUGCAUGAACUAAAGUCACCACAGCCCUUUAGUAAACAGUUGCAUUGUUAGUUUAGUGUGGCUCAGUGGCUGAUAGGGUUUUUGCUGCCCCUGCAGGUGCCUCUGAGUGAGACAGCAUGUGUGGAGGUAGAGCACAGAGUGACAGAGGGUCUCCUCCACAGAGGACAACACAUGCACGGUGCCCUGCCCAUCUCCUCUGGCCAGCGCUGGAACCUCAUUGUCUGGAUGAGGGCCUCACAGGAGAGGAACAAACUGUGCCCCAUGUGCAACAAGAGACCCACCCUGGUCGAAGGAGAGGGUUUCGCAGACGGCUUCACAAGUGACACAGGGAUAUCUCUUCUACAGAAUGUAUCAUGUGACCUGCAUUGACUUAAUGCUGCUGGUCCAUGUAUAUUUGUGUAUGUUAGUGUAACUAUUGUCUGGAUGUUUGCUUAUCGUAGAGAUUAUCGCAUGUGCCAUAGAAGAGUUGUGGAGAGGAAACGUGAUAGACAUUAGGAACAUAGGGAGGCUCAUCAUUACUUCUACAAAACACCUCACUACCAACUUCAUUAUGCAGUGUCACAGGUGCACCUUGUUCUGGGCAACUCUAAAAUGUGCAGUUUU